UAAUAUUGUAUUUGAAACUGUUCAUUUUCAAUUCCCGUGUUUUUCUCCUCCAACACACAAUCGAUCACCUCCACCCCAUAAAAUGUGUAAUUUCCAAAAGUGUUGCAAAACAUCUAUGGAAAAUCCUUAAAUUUUGUAACUAUGCUAAAAAAACACACCCACACACAUGUUGGUGGUGGUGAUAACAAAGAAGCAAAGGUGACACAAGCAUAGUGUGUGUAUACAUAUAACCAAAUAUAAUUGUGUUGCUCACAAGAGGCCAAAGUGACCAAUUUUGCCACCCCAAUUCACCUCUUCAAACAAUGAAGGACCCCUCCGCCGGCGCUGCCGUGGAUACCGCCGCCGGCAGCCACCUUUUGGUGAGAAGGACCAUGCUAGUCACCACCAUGUUCCUUGUUGGGUUUGGUGUGUUGUGGGUGUUUCUCUAUAACUCUGCCUCUCCCUUUGGAUUCUCUUCCUUCUCACAUGACUUCAUUCAUGAGUCAUCAAAAGCUGAUUUUGAUCCAAUGCUAGAGAGUGUUCUCAGGAGCGCGUCUAUGAAGGAUAAGACAGUGAUACUCACAACUUUAAAUGAUGCAUGGGCUGAGCCAGGUUCCAUAUUUGACCUCUUUCUUGAGAGUUUUCGGCUAGGAAUCCAAACACAAAAGCUUUUAAAUCACUUGGUGGUAAUAACAUUGGACCAAAAGGCACAUGCUCGUUGCCUUGCUUUGAACAAGCAUUGUUACCAACUUGAAACUAAGGGUGACAAUUUCACCGGUGAAGCAUUUUUCAUGACCCCAGAUUACCUACACAUGAUGUGGAGAAGAAUUGAAUUCCUUGGUUGGGUCCUUGAUAUGGGGUACAACUUUGUGUUCACGGAUACUGAUAUAAUGUGGCUUAGAAAUCCCUUCAAACAAUUUUACAAAGAUGCAGAUUUCCAAAUAGCUUGUGAUUUUUUCAAUGGCAAUUCCUUUGACUUAAACAACCUACCAAAUGGAGGGUUUAAUUAUGUGAAAUCGAAUAAGCGAACUAUUUGGUUCUACAAGUUCUGGUUACGCUCUAGGAGUUCCUAUCCAAAAAUGCAUGAUCAAGAUGUGCUCAACAAGAUCAAAAAGCACCCUUUCAUUUCUGACAUGGAGCUAAAGAUCAGAUUCCUUAGCACUGGUUAUUUUGGAGGGUUCUGUCAGGCUAGCAAGGACUUUAACAAGGUUUCCACAAUGCAUGCCAAUUGUUGUGUUGGUUUAAACAACAAGGUCAAUGAUCUUAAAAUUUUGCUUGAAGAUUGGAAGAAGUAUAUGUCAUUGUCUGAAAAUGAGAAAAAACAGUCACAUCCAUCUUGGAGCGUACCACAAAGUUGCAGGACGUCAUUUCAACGUGCCAAACAAUGGAAGAAGAAUAAAGGGGGGUUGUGACAGGCUUUGGCUUUUGCAUGUAUAAAGAGGUGGUGGUGCUGAGUAGGGGAUUGGUUUGCUAGCUGGGUGUGUUGAGUAGGUGCUGGUUUUUCUCGGAGCCGUGCGGAGAGUUAUCAAGCUUGCUUUUUCUUCUCCAUUUUCUUCCGCUUCUUCCUCCCGGAGCUCGGAAAUUCUUGAACCAAGAUGGAUCUACCGGCCAUACCAGGUCCUUUUACCGUAGUUAUCACUGCCGUUUUUCCGGGGGUAAUUGGAGUGUAGACGCUAUCUCCAACUCAGUCACGUUCCAAGGCAUAGGACUGUCUUCGUUCAUUUUCUUUCCCAAUCAAGAAAAUCCCAUUAUUAUAAAUGGACCUAUUAUAGUGACUUUCUUUUUACCACCAGCAAAUCAUGCAAAUCCUAUUGUAAACUUAUUUCCACCACCAAUUUAAAGACUAUCGUAGUAGUAGUAGAAAACAA